AUGUCGGCUGCUGCUGAGACCGCGCCGCUGGCCAGGUGCGCACGAGGGCAGAGAGGCUGGUACACGAGCGAAGCGCAGCACGAGAUCUCCGAAGCGUCGAAGGAGAUUAAGGCGGCCCAGCAGCAACUGCGUGGGGCCUCAAAGAACAGCGCCUGCGAGGCGACCCUGAAGGCGAUGCUCAAGGCGGCACGGAAGAAGCGCAGCAACUCGAGGUGGAGAGCACUGGAAACGUUCUUUGAGGGCUAUGUACGGCAGCUCGAGAAGAAGAGCCGCGAGGGGGAUCAGGCGGGUUUCUACAGGCACCUGAAGAUGAUCGACGUCGAAGGUAAGAGGUCGUUCACCUCUCAGAACAUCAAGGACGAGGACGGCAAGGUCCUUCGGGACCCCACGUUUAUUCGCCAACGGUGGGCACGGUGGUUCCACAAGCUUCUCAACACCAAGUCGCCGACCAUCGACCGGCAUGCGGCUGAUAAGGUCAAGCGGUGGCCCACGUGCGUGCCACUCGACGACAUCCCAUCUCUACUUGAGGUUGAGGAAGCGGUACGGGAAAUGGCCAACAGAAAGGCCGUCGGGCCGGACGACCUACCGGCUGAGCUGAUCAAGCUUUUCCUGGACGGAGAUCAAGGUCUCCUCCGCGAAUUCCACGCCAUUGUCGUGGACGUGUGGCAGACUUGGGACGUACCACAGCAGUGGAAGGAUGCCAUCAUCAAAGUGCUGCUCAAGCAGGGGGACACGAUGGAGUGCGGCAACUACCGGGGCAUCUCUCUCGUCGCACACGCCGGCAAGGUGCUGCUUAAGGUCGUCGCUACACGACUGAGCCACUACUGCGAGCGAGAGGGCAUCCUCCCGGAGGAGCAGAGCGGUUUCCGCCCACACCGGUCGACGCUCGACAUGCUGUUCGCGAUCCAGCGGCUCCAUGAGCUCGCGAGGAAGAAGAGUACUGCGGUGUUCGCGUGCUUCGUCGACCUCACCAAGGCAUACGAUUCGGUAGACCGAGACCUAUUGUGGGACGUGCUCCGACGCUUCGGCGUGCCCCCGAAGAUGCUGGCGGUCAUUCGCCACUUCCACGAGGGCAUGAGGGCGCGCGUCCGAACGGACGACGGGCAGUACUCGGAAUGGUUCGACGUGGGCCAAGGCCUCCGACAGGGAUGCAACCUGGCCCCGCUGCUGUUCAACUUGUUCUUUGCCGCGAUGCUCAUGGUCGCCGUGGCCGAGUUCGACAAGGACCCCAAGGUGACGGCGGAUAUGAUCAAGAUCGCAACACGAGUGGAGUGCACGGGCAAGAGGGGCAGGUCGGCGGGGAAGAAGGCGAUGAUGGUGACGGUCGCAGAGGCCCUGUGAGACAUGCUCUACGCUGACGACGCGGCC